CGCUCGCACGCUGUCGCACCACGACCCCUGACCUCCCGGCGCUGCGCAUGCGUGGAGAGCAGCUGUGAGGCGAGCCGGAGAAGAUGGCGGCGCCGGUGGUGGUCGGAGCUGGGGCUGCCUGGGCGCGGAGCCUUCUCAACUGGGCCCGGCCGGAGAGGUUACUAGCAUCUUGCAGUAUUUCUCUUCUGUCAAAUAUCCAAACAAGAACGUAUCUUCAGAAUGUCGGGAGAUGGGAGAAGAAGAACAGAAUAGUUUACCCUCCGCAGCUGCCAGGAGAGCCUCGAAGACCAGCAGAAAUAUUCCACUGUCGAAGGGACAUAAAAUACAGUAAGGACAAGAUGUGGUAUUUGGCAAAACUGAUAAAAGGAAUGUCAAUUGAUCAGGCUCUUGCUCAGCUGGAAUUCAAUGACAAGAAGGGUGCAAAGGUGAUCAAAGAGGUUCUUCUGGAAGCUCAAGAAAUGGCAGUGAGAAAUCACAACGUAGAAUUCAAAUCAAAUUUAUACAUAGCUGACUCCUUUUCUGGAAAAGGUCACUAUCUGAAACGGAUUCGCUACCAUGGCCGAGGCAAUAGAAGUUUCUCCUCACUACCUGAUGCUUUGAACAUGAAAGACCAAAUAGAGGAAAUGCUGUUUGUGUUUGGCCUGGAAUGCUUCGUGAUAAAUGGGGAACUACUGAAAUGGUGACAUUGCAAAAGACAGAACUGGAACCCUCAACGCAGCAAGGCUGAGCAGCCGCAGAACAGAAAAUCUCGGGAAGAAAUUUGUCUUUGGGGGAUUAUCAGUGCAGUUUUACUGACUCGUGUAUUUUUGUAGAAUGUGUGGUAACCUCCAGUUAGCAUCUGAUUAAAAGAGGUAACGUGGUGUAGUGGAUUGGGCACUAGACUGGGAGUCUGGAGACCUGACUUCCGUUCCUGGCUCUGCCACUAAAUGGCUGGGUGCCUUUGGGCAAGUCACUUCAUUUCUGUGUGCCCAUGUUUCCCCUCGGUCUGUCUUGUCCAUUUAGAUUGUUGGUUCUUGGUGGCCAUGUGUUACCCUUACUAUGUGUUUGUACAGCACAAUGUGGCCCUGAUCUCAGCUAGGGACUCUAGACACCUGUUGUAAUAUAGAUCAUAAUCAUUAUUAAUACUCAGGAUUAAACCUCACGAAACACCCAUUGACAUCACUGGGAGCUUUGUCUGAGUAAAGACUGGGUAAUAAGAAAGGGCAAAAUUUGGCUUGGCUUGCAAGGCUGAGCAUGGGGCUGUAAGGCCAGAUCGCAGGUAGGAGCAUCGUGGGGGGAGAAGCGCCCAAGGGUCUGCUACAUAUCCACCUUGUGCAAGUGGGCAUGAGCAGGUAUGAUAAGGCGGGGAGUGGUCUCCACCCCGCCAAUAUACCAACUAGCAUAGUAAUGCUGGGGGAUUGCACUGCACAGGCCUGCAGGACGCUUCCUCCAUGGAGUAGGGGAAAACCAGAAGGCCGCUUAUGCUUCUCAGAGCUGCAGGCAGCUUCCUAAGGUACUUGUGGGGCAGUAUGGUAAUUGGCUGCCCCUUGCUUGGGGCUCAUGGCAAAGCAACAGCUGAGCUCUGAGCAGAGUAAGGAACUCUGGGUUUGGUCCAGGCUGAAGGGCAGUGACGUUGCCAAGAGUCUGCUGGGGUAUCAGGAUGAGAUCACCGGAAUAUUUUCCUCUGGAGAUGUAAGCCAGGAUUUAAAAGUGAGCCCUUUGUGGUAGAAAGGUAAUGUGCAUCUGAGCCCCCACACAUGUAUUAAAAUAACUGGAUUUUUUUUUUUUGUACCAGCUCCCACAUUCUCUGCUGUUUCCAUGUAGUGCUAAAUUGAACUUCAGGUGGGAUUGUAAAGCAUCCUAAGAAAGGCUUGCAUGAAAGGGGCUAUAGAAAUGGAAGACAUUGUUGUGUCUCCGUAUUGUAAAUAAAAUCUAUUUUCAGGUAGCCCGGCAUUCAGUUACAGUCUCUCUGCAGAACAACGCAUCUUUCAGGUAUGAAAUUAACUUUGAAAUUCACAUGUUUGUGCUUCAUGGAGAAUAGGUGUAUGCAGGAGGGCUGGAUGUUGUCAUCUACAUCUCGAACGUGUCCUUGGUCGUCUGAAAGAGAGAGAUGCUAUAGAUGUGCAAUCAAUCUCUUUUCCCUAUGAGUUUAAUAGACUUUUUGAACAAUCUCAUUUCAAUGCCCCUUUGUUCUAUAAUGGAGUCCAGGCUGAGCUGGUUGCUCUGUAAAAGCUUUUUCAACAUAUGAAUUAAGGAUUUAUCUCGACUGACUAUUCAGUCCAAUUAAAACCAGUGUCUUCUGCUAAAGCAAGUGCAAAGGGAGCAAUGGUGAAUGAUUUCAUGAAAAUCAGACAAACAAUAAAAGCAAGAGGAGGGCACUGUAUUAUUCAUGCAUAUUCUUAGAGUAAUGAUUGUACUUCCCCCUCCUAAAAAGCCUCUGCUCUUAGAGGAAACGAUUCUAAAUGCUUGUUUAUCAAACUUGCCGUAACUGGAGUCCAGCGUGAAUUAUUAAAAUGUAUAUGAAG